UUGCAUCUUUCAAUUUUAGGGUUUACACUAGGAGAAAUUUAAAAAAAAAAAGAGAAGAGGAUGGGGGAGGAGAUUCUCUGUUCUAAGUUUGAGAAUUUUUUAAAAAAGGGACAUGGCCAUUUUGGGAUAAAAACAUAAAUAUUUCUAUUCGGUUUACUGUUAAUUGCAUAUUAGAUUAACGAUUACACUGGUAGCCAAUUUUAGCCUACCGAUAAUUGUAUCACUAACAUAAAAUUCAUAAUCAUUAAUCCUCCUUUCUAUGAAAUGGUUUUACGGGUUUCGGCCAAUUGUCUUCAUCGUGGGAUAUCAUUGAGAAAUAGGAAGAAUUCGUAUUAUUAAAAGAUUUCUUGCGAUUAUUUCAAAUAGGGAAUGAGUCAAUCAUCCACUUUGGUAUCUUAUUGAAGAAAAAUGAUGAUAUUGCUCCUCGAUUGAUCAAAAACUUCGAUCGAUUAUUUUAUCGAUUUAAUUAAUAAGCACAAAGAUCUUGCAUUAUGCAUAAGUAAAUAUUUUUUCCAAAUAUCCCCUCAAAACAAUAUUUCCCAAAUAUUAGGAGUAGGAGAUGGGUACAUAACUGGUCCAUUGCUGCUUUCAAUGUCCGUACACCAUGCUAUUGAAAUUUGAAACCAGGCCUCGUCCACAUGCAUCAAUAGAGGACCACUGGGCCUCCUCCAGAACUCGCCCGGGUGGCCCAACUUCGGCCCGCUGUCUGUCUAUUGGGCCGUUCUCUCGACAGACCUACUAAAUGGGCAUUUUUCUCUCCACGUGUAACAAAAUCAGUGGCGUUGACUAAUCAAACUAUGAAUAGUCAGCGGAAAUUUCACCCUUUUUUAAGCUCCUCUUAUCCUCCGACGACGACGAACGAACUCGAUCCAACUCAUCACAGAAACGAAAAAAUGACAAACAACGGCGGCAACGGCGCCGCCGCCGACUCCCAGCCCCACCACCACCACGAAGAAAUCGCGAAAUGGGAACCCAACCCCGACCGCCUGAAAUCGAUGCACCAGCGAAUCACCACCCCGCCAAAGCUCCUCUCCCAAACCGCCGGCCACAGCUCCUGCUGCAUCUUCCGAGCUCCGACCACCUUCGCCGGCGUAAACAACAAAUCCUACCAGCCCCACAUCGUCUCCAUCGGCCCUUACCACCGCGGCAAGCCGCACCUGGCCAUGAUCCAAGAGCACAAGUGGCGCUACUUGGGCUCCCUCCUCAACCGAAUCCCUAAUCUCACCCUCGAAUCCCUCUUAUCCUCAAUCGCCCCGCUCGAAUCCCAGAUUCGAGCCGCCUACUCGGAGCAAAUCGACCUCGAUCGAGACGAAUUCCUCGAAUUGAUGGUCCUCGACGGCUGCUUCGUCGUCGAACUGUUCAGAAAAGUCGCUGGAGUCGUCGAAUUCGAGCCGCACGACCCCAUCCUGGCGAUGUCGUGGAUCAUGCCGUUUUUCUAUCGGGAUUUCCUCCGCCUCGAGAACCAGAUCCCCUUCUCCGUCCUCGAAUCGCUGUUCGAUUCGACGCGGCGCGGAGAAGAAGAGAAGGAGAACAUAAUCCACACCCACCCUGCUUUCAGCAACACGGAACUUCAAUUGUCAUAUAAGAGAAAGCACUCCAACCAUCAAAACCCACACAACUCGCGAAAGAAGUACGAGACGAGAAUUGACAUCAGUCUGGGUUCGAAUUCGUCAAAUUGGGCGCUGAGCUUAUCGGCGUUGGCUCUGUACUUCUUCAACCACUCGAUGCAGAGGCCGGAGGAGAUCGUUUACAAGUACAGAGAUUUGAAAGGGAAGCACCUCCUGGAUCUGAUCCGCUCCAGCUACACCCAAUUCGACCCCCCGCCGGUCCGCCGUUCGUCCGAUUCGCCGCCGACCCACAUCAUCCACAGCAUCACGAAGCUCCGCAAGGCGGGGAUCAAGCUCCGCCGGGUCGACGGAGGAGAACUCGACGGCAGCCCGCUCCAGGUCCGGUUCCGGCGGGGAGUGGUCGAGAUGCCGUCGAUCACGAUCGACGACUUCAUGAGCUCGUUCCUGGUCAACGCGGUGGCCUACGAGCAGUGCUACAGCGGCGGCGGCGGCGGCGGCGAGUGGCCGAUGCACUUCACGGCGUACGCGACGCUGCUGGACUCGCUGGUCAACGGGUUCCGUGACGUGGAGUAUUUGGUCGACAAGGAUAUUUUGGAGAAUUAUUUGGGCACGGAGGCGGAAGUCGCGAGGUUUCUGAACGAUUUGGGGAAGGAAGUCGCGUUCGACAUUGACGAGUGUUACCUGGCGGAGGUGUUCGGCGAUGUUCAUCGAUAUUACGGGAGCAGUUGGCAUUUCCAGUGGGCGAGUUUCAAGUUUACUUAUUUUCAGACGCCGUGGUCGUUUAUCUCGGCAUUGGCGGCCCUGGUGUUGCUGGUUCUUACCGUGUUGCAGACUGUUUAUACUAUUUACGGCACCUACAAUUAGAAGGAUUAGGUGAUAGACAUUUGGAUUAGGUAAUUGAUUGUAAGGAUGUGAUUGUAGAGAAUUUCAAUAUCAUUAAUUAUAUUAUAGUUGAUAGAUCGUUGUUUGGUUUUUUCGUGGUAUGAUAUUUAUCUUGUAUGUUUUGAAAAGUUCGUAAUUAUGAACAUUGAAUACUUGAUAGGUUGUUUACGAGAGUCAUUGAAUGGUAAAUUUGAUCGAAUUUGUCAUUUGUUCGAGGAAGAAGUUUGAUGGUAAGAGUCCCACAAUCCUAGUUAGACACUCCAAUAAUCCAAAAAAGUAUAAGAGUCUCUUAUUAAUAAUUAGACAGAAAUCAAAUAUAUAGUUACAUGAGUGGCACCUCAAAAUUCUGAAGGUACAAAUUAAUUCUAAAGAUGAUAACACAUAAUUUGCUUAACCAAUUAAACACCGACAUGACUCUAUAUAACACAUUUUUUACUCACUGAAAAUCUUUAAACCUCACACCAAACUAGUCAGUCUGCUUCGGUUUUAGACUUACCAAAUGGUCGCCUCUAAUUCAAUUAUACAAGAACCGAUGUAAACUCGAAUCUACCCAUCAAUGUCACUCCUCUCCAUUCUUACUAACUUGUAGAGCAAAUAAUUCUAGAUGGGGAAAGUGCAAGGAUGAAGUUUGAUAGUGACAUUUGUGGUAGAGGCUAAGUUAUUCAAGCCGCCUCUCGCUGGCUUAAUUCCAUAGCUUUUGGUUUUAAUCGAAUUUGGAAGGAACCUCGCUCCAGCUUAGCUCAAGAAAAUAUCCAAUUGAGUGUCCCUCACGUAACAAAGAGUGUUUUGACUCUUCCUCGUCGGAACAAAAGAAUCAACAUCUGAAGUGUGUUCUUCAAGACUUCCAUCAUUGCCACAUCAUUAGGUAGGGAUACACCUAGCUAAGUACUCUUUGUAGGGAAGGAGGAAACUAGCGCUCCAGCUUACUAGUUUUCUCUACUAAAAUUUUCUACAUAACCGAUAUUUGUAUCAUAUGCAUAAAUUAAUUCGGUUGUGAUUUUAUGAAUUGUCUUAAAUAUAAAGAAAAAAAGUGGGCAUAAGUUGUAAUUACAUUGAACCGUAUCAAGCGAGUGAUUCUCAUUUUUAUUAUAUUUUUAGUUUGACCCUAUAUCCAUAUUCGAAAUCAACCGAUGUAUGUCCAACUCCUAAGUACAAUUCAAAUUUUUAAAAUCAUUUGAGCUUUCGGUCCGAGAUUCUCAAAAUUUUGGCUGAUCAACCACCGAACAUGAAAAAUUCAAGUUAUUAGAAGCAUUUCUAUUUUCUACCCAAUCCUAGACUUUGUCUUGUGUAAAUUCAUCGAAUCCUUUCGUGGAAUCUUCCAAAUACAUAUGCGUGAAACGUGUGGAAAUUCAUUGGUACACCUCCAUUCGAUGAUAUCGUCCAAGGAAGAAGGAACCCUGUAAACUCAGCAAUAUAUGUGUUAAUUAAUCAUGUUUGACUGU